CCUUGUCAACAACAUCUUGGCUGUAUUUUACAAAUUCAAGUAGUUUCUCUUUUUAUCUUAUAUUUUGUUUAAAGCAAGGUUUGAGUUUACUGGCCAUAUUGCUAACUUCGAUCAGGAUGUUGUUGCACUGAAAAUGAGGCUAUACCAUAAUUAAAGUUAUAAUACCGCAUUAAACUUAAAGUUAAACUCGUAGAACAAAAACAUUAUAUCUGUGUAUUUUGUUGUUCAAGCUAAGAUGGCAGAAUCUGAUGUGCAGCCCAUCCUUCAACGAGCACUGUUGGCAUUACUCGACUCUAAGCCAGAAAAGCCAAUUGAAUUUUUAAUAAAUCAUUUUCAGAAGGAGGGAGAAAAGACCAACUUAGUUACCCAAGCAGCACAUCUUUUGGAAAGCAUUAAGUCACAUCAUCCAGCAACUGAAGAACGAUUGCUUCAAGCAUACAAUAUUAUUAGUCAGUACAGAGGUAGGUUUAAAUUUCAGAAAGAAGUCCAAGGCCUUACAGGAGAUAUCUACACUGAUUUGUUAGGACAACUACUACAUGGUUUUCCAGACUCAUAUGUGGACAAAUUGCUACAGAAACUGAGAUGUCACAGUGAUGAAUACAUUCCUUUUCUUGUAUUUCGUGCUGGUGUAUUAACAACAUUAUUACUAAAAGAAUGCAUUCAAGAAGCUCAAGAAUUAUUUAAGCAACUAGAUACUGAGGGAAAAAGACAUAUUACAAGAUCUUUAGGAGACUGUGCUCUUACUCAGCUCUGCACUGCUUUGACAGCCACAGCUAAUGACCCCUUUUCAACUUUAGAAAUGGCUGUCAGUUUGGAGGUCAGCCAGCUAUGCAGAACAUUUGAUGAAGAAGUUAAAAAUGUAACAACGUGGGACAGUUUAAUGACAGAAAAUGAAUUUGUUUCUGAAGCUGUUGAUGUUUUCUUACACCAGGUUCCUUCAACAAGGUAACUUUGUCAGAAACACUAGUAACUUCUGUGGACCAUAAGAAGAUGAAAUAUUUUAUGAAAUGUAAUUUCAUCAAAAUUAAUAUUGAAACUGAUAAUAUGACAACUC